CCUGGACUCCCUUCAAGUGUAAAGCAUGGGAGAAAGUCAGUGUGGAAUAGGAGCGCAGAAGUUAUUCCGAGUGUUGCUGUUACCUGCGCUGGCUGCAGUGGCCGAACUGCGGGCGUCUCAAGAGGAUGACAUCUUUGGAGAACUUCCGGAAUUCUUCCCAUCGGAUCCUCCCGACCCACUGCCACAUUUCCUGAUCGAGCCCCGGGAUGCGUACAUAGUGAAGAACAAGCCUGUGAACCUGUACUGCAAAGCAACUCCUGCUACUCAGAUUUACUUCAAGUGUAACAGUGAAUGGGUCCAUCAGAAGGAACACACGACGGACGAGUAUAUGGACGAUACUUCGGGGCUUAUUGUGAAAGAAGUAAGCAUCGAGAUCUCUAGGCAGCAGGUGGAGGAACUCUUUGGGCCGGAAGAUUACUGGUGCCAGUGUGUCGCGUGGAGUUCCUCUGGAACCACCAAGAGUCACAAGUCCUACGUCCGGAUUGCAUAUCUGCGGAAGACCUUUGAACAAGAACCAUUAGGCAAAGAGGUAUCAAUGGAGCAAGAGGUGCUUCUUCAGUGCCGUCCCCCUGAAGGUAUCCCAUUGGCUGAGGUGGAAUGGUUGAGGAACGAGGAGGUCAUCAACCCAGAGGAGGACCGGAAUUUCUACCUAACCAUUGACCACAAUCUGAUCAUCAAGCAGGCCCGGCUGUCUGACACCGCCAACUACACAUGUGUCGCCAAGAAUAUUGUGGCCCGACGUCGAAGUACUACUGCCACUGUUAUUGUUUAUGUAAAUGGAGGCUGGUCCAUGUGGGCAGAGUGGUCAGCCUGCAACAGCCGAUGCGGGCGGGGCUACCAGAAACGAAUGCGGACUUGCACCAACCCUGCGCCACUCAAUGGAGGAGCCUUCUGCGAGGGCCAGAGUGUCCAGAAAAUUGCCUGCACCACCAUGUGCCCCGUGGAUGGUGGGUGGACAGAGUGGAGCAAGUGGUCAACGUGUGGGACGGAAUGCAUGCACUGGCGGAGGAGGGAGUGCACCGCCCCCUCCCCUAAAACCGGUGGGAAGGACUGCCAAGGACCAGUGCUAGACUCCAAAAACUGCACUGAUGGGUUAUGCAUGCAAAGUUUGUUUUAUCAAAUUUCCAAAGAACCAAAAGGUCGCACAGAUUUUGGAUAUUCCUCUGCUCCAGGCUCUGACGACAUUGCGCUCUAUGUGGCAGUGGCUGUGGCUGUGAUCGUGUGCCUGGCCAUUCUGUUGGUGGUGGUGAUGUUUGUAUACCGCAAGAACCACCACGACUUCAGAUCCGACAUCAGAGACACUGCAGCCCUGAACGGCGCUUUCCAGCCAGUGAAUGUCAAGACGUCCAGGCCAGAUAACUCCCACCUCCUCGCCGUGCAGCCAGAUCUCACUGCUGCUGCAGCCAUGUAUAGAGGCCCCAUGUACGCCCUACAUGAUAUCUCGGACAAGAUUCCGAUGACCAACUCUCCGCUGCUUGACCCACUGCCCAACCUCAAGAUUAAGGUGUUCAACUCAUCUUGUGGAGUCACACCACAAGGCGAGUCCGUGGACCUGGCUUUGAAGCUCUCACCACAAGUAACAGAGUCACUACUUGACAAUGAGGCUCAGAACACCAAGAACCAAGGUCUGCUCCCACAGCUGGAUCCGUCGUGUAAUGCCCUGGGGAGCUUCAACAUCCUGGGAGGUCACCUCAGCAUCCCCAACUCAGGUGUGAGUUUGUUGGUGCCAGCGGGAGCUAUUCCCCCAGGAAGAGCCUAUGAAGUGUAUGUGACUGUCCAUCGCAGAGACAAUAUAAGGCCGACACUGGAGGGCAGCCAGACCCUGCUGAGCCCAGUGGUGAGCUGUGGACCUGCCGGUGCUUUACUAACCAGACCUGUUGUCCUGACCAUCCAUCACUGCGCUGAGCCCAACAUGGAGGACUGGAUCUUUCAACUCAAGAGCAUGUCGGCAGAAGGAACCUGGGAGGAUGUGGUGGUACUUGGAGCAGAGACCCUCAGCACCCCGUGUUACGUCCAGUUGGAUUCCCACGCUUGCCACGUAGUGACUGAGCAUCUUGGUACCUACUGCUUGGUGGGACAAUCAGUCAACAAGUCUGCAACCAGGCGCCUGAAACUGGCCAUAUUUGCACCUGCAGUCUGUGCCUCACUGGAGUACACCAUGCGGGUCUACUGCCUGCACGAUACACAGGAUGGGCUGAAGGAAGUAAUUCAGCUGGAGAGACAGCUAGGUGGACAACUGGUGGAUGAACCAAAGACCCUUCUAUUUAAGGACAGCACUUACAACUUGCGCUUGUCUGUCCACGAUAUACCACACUCCCUCUGGAGAAGCAAACUGCUCACAAAGUACCAGGAGAUUCCAUUCCAGCAGAUAUGGAGUGGGUGUCAACAAAACCUACACUGCACCUUCACACUAGAACGCUUCAGUCUCGUCACUGCCGAGCUGGUAUGCAAACUCUGCGUGCGACAAGUGGAGGGAGAGGGACAGAUCUUCCAGAUCCAGAACACCUUGUCCGAGGAAAUGCAGCCAGUGGACGUGGAGCCAGAGACCAGUGUCACCUGCCUGGUGGGGCCUAGUGCCUUCAGGAUCCCAUUCGCCAUCCGACAAAAGAUCUGCAGCAGCCUGGAUGCUCCUAACAACAGAGGGAAUGACUGGAGGCUGCUGGCACAUAAGCUUAACCUGGACGGUUACCUGAACUACUUUGCAACCAAAUCCAGCCCCACCGGUGUCAUCCUGGACCUAUGGGAAGCCCAGAACUUUCCAGAAGGGAACCUCAGCUCUCUGGCGGCAGCCCUUGAAGAGAUGGGAAGACACGAGACGGUGAUGUCCCUGGCCACGGAGAUGAAACGCUGAGCACAGAGGAGUGGGGUGGGGCGAGCCUGCUUUAGUUGAAGGGGGAGCAUUGGAUAACAAGUAGUCUGCCCCACAUCUGGUCAGCCAUACUGAAACCAUACAUCCUAAUAUUGUGUGCGAUAACGCAAGGUUUCAACAUUGUGCUAGUCUGACUGACACCUCCCCAACCUGCCUCUUGCUGCUUUCAUCUCAGCUUGACUGUACACAGCCUGGUACAGAUUUCUUUAUAGUUUCUAAGGAAACUGAAUUUUUUAUCCAAAUGAAUGGAUCUAACCUCUCCAGCAGUCCCCGUUUCUGCCACUUCACGAGACGGACUUGCUUCCUGUGUCUGAAGCGUCGGCUCGUUGUUGCUCCCUUCUCUCCUGAGGCUACGCUGAGGUUCUCGGCAACGUUUUCACACACCCGGUGGAGGAUCGCUUUCCUUCUUGAGCUGGCAACUCUUAAAAUUGUCCGGAUGCUCCUUGGCAUGUCUUUCUCUGUUUGUAGUUCAAGCACAAAGCGCAUCGACAGAAACGGAACCGAUCGACAGACCCGGAGAACAACACACCACGGGUGCAAGGAACAAAAAGCUAACUUAGUCCACACUCCCAUACUGCCACCUCCGCACCUCCAUAUCCACACCCACACACACAACACCAUGUCACAUGUCUACGUUCACACAAGUUCUGCUCAGAACAUUCCCUUCAGCUGUGUUUUUUUGAAGAACCCUUUCUGUUUUUCUACAUACACUGAAUUUCUUCUCUGUCGUGCUAACCAGAGGCAAAAUCUUUCAAGCAAACCUGGGGCAGACAUAUUGAGGUGUGUCAGUGUGUUUCCAAUCGAAUGAAUUAUAAGAAGAUGUGGUAAGAUGUGUAUAAAGGUUUUACUGUAAAUCGUUAAUUUGUAUCAAACGCCUCAAUGCUCAUGUGAAUUCAGAAUAUUUUUGAAUA